UUGUCCAAAUUACAACCGAUAACAAAGCAAGUUCAGUUCAUCAAAGAAGAAAUCGAUAAAAGGAAUCGAGUUUUUAGGAAUUUAGUACCGUAUUUAUACAACAGAUUACGAGAAAGAUUUCCUGGAGCUGAAAACUCGAACAGUACAUGUUUCUCUGAUAAACGUGUGGAGCAACAACUUUUAGAUAUUGACGAUGCAAUUUAUGAAGAGUUCAAGUUCCGAUUGAGAGACACGCAAAAGUUUGUGGUGCUGACCUUGUUGGAAAAUAACAAAAACACCCUUGCCCAAGUGUCCACCGGCGAGGGCAAGUCGUUGAUUGUGGUAGCUGUAGCCAUCAUCAAGGCAUCGCAGGGCCAGAAGGUGGACAUCAUCACCAGCUCGUCGGUUCUGGCCAAGAGAGACGCCGAGCUGAGCAAAUCCAUCUACGCUAAAUUUGGUAUCAACGUGUCCCACAACUGCAGCGAAGACAUCGAGAAGCGGAAGGAAGCCUACUCGGGGAAUCAGGUUGUGUACGGAGAUCUUUCCAGCUUUCAGCGGGACUACCUGCUGCAUAAGUUUUACCAGAACAACGUGAUUGGCGAUCGGAACUUUGAGAAUGUCAUCGUUGACGAAGUGGACAGUAUGCUGCUGGACAGGGGUAAUAACAUGCUGUAUUUGUCACAUGACUUGCCCGACAUGGACAAACUGGAGUCGGUAUAUGUGUUCAUCUGGGAAUGGGUCAACAACAUUUCAAAAGUAUAUGACACUGCUGCCAUUAGAGAUGCAGUUUUGUGGCAAAUUUAUGGAGUACUAAAGUGCACAGACAUCGGCAAGAUAGAUGCGACGUUGAGCGAGGAAAAGCGAAACUUCAUCUGGAACAAGCUGGUCGAGGCCAAGAUAAUUGACGGUGAUGGCAAGUUGAUGACAGAAAACAUCAAGAAUGACGUCCUCGGUGAGUUGCUGGGAUCCGAAUACUCUGGUUACCUUGAUCGUUUGGAGUACCUACUGAUGGAGUAUAUCAACAGAGAGAAGUGCAUCCACGUGCCCAAUUACUUGCGAUCAUUUGUGGAUUUGCACCUGGAGUCGUGGAUCGAAGCUGCCAAGAUGGCUCUCGUCAUGGAAGCUGGACACGACUAUGUGGUCGAUGUUGAUCGAAGCGGAAGCAGUGCCGAUAGAACGCCCAACAUUACGAUCCUGGACAGAGACACGGGAACAGAUUUGGUGAAUAGUCAGUGGGAAGCGGCGCUGCACCAAUUUGUACAGCUGAAGCACGGUUGCAAGACGUACCUGCAGAGCUUGAAGGCAGUGUUCAUUUCGAAUGUAACGUUCCUCAAGCUGUACGACAAGUUGUACGGUUUAUCUGGCACAUUGGGAUCACACAGGGAGCGGGAUUUGUUGGAGGAGAUUUAUGCGGUAGACUUUGUGAACGUUCCAACGGCAAAGUGCAAACUGUUUUACGAAUAUGUUCCCAUCGUUUGCAAAAGUGCUGCUGAUUGGAUCGAUACUAUCAUUGAGUCGGCUAAAAGGCUGACUGAGACUGAUGGUAGGUCCGUUUUGAUAAUAUGUGAAACGUUGAAUGAAGUUGCCGAGCUGUACAAAGUGUUCGGUGGAAAAAAUGCAACCAACGUUCGAACCUACACUCGGGAAUACGAAGAGUUUGACACCGGAGAGUUAUCUCCAGGUCAGAUCAUCAUUGCCACAAAUCUGGCAGGUCGAGGAACGGACAUCAAAUUAACUCAAAAGCUGAAAGGUGCGGGUGGGGUACACGUUUGCUUGACCUAUCUGCCGAGCAACAUUCGCGUUGAGCAGCAAGCUUUCGGACGGGCUGCCAGAUGUGGUGACCGUGGAUCUGGCCAGCUGAUUGUACUGGACCAGAAGGAGAUUUUGAAUAUUAUGCUGCUCAAACGACUACGUGACACACGUGAGCUUGCUCGAAUAUCGCUGAUCAAGAAACAUUACGAAACCCGAGUGGUACUAGAAGAAAACUGUUUCAGGCAGUUCACUCACCAGUUCGAUGAGCUGAGAAACUUGCUUACAGCUAGUAAAAUCACUAAUGGGAAAGAAGAGUUGAGCGAUAUUUUGCUGGGCAGCUGCUUGGAUAGAUGGGUGUUUUGGUUGGAUAAUAACGGGAAGAACUUGGUUUCCAACGCAAAACAUCAUUCACGAAAGACGCUCGAUAUUUCAUUGGCGAACUUUUUGAGUCACUUGAAGUCGUUGAAAGUCACAAACUUUGAGUCCCUGCUGGAUUGGGUUGACAUCAGCACUCCUCGGAUGAUAAAACUUGGUCGGUACUUUAUCGAGAAUAAGCAAGCAGCGUUAGCACACACUCUUUUUGAAAAAGUUAUUGCCACAGAACCCCAAUUUUGUGAAGCUGCUCUCUACUACAAGGCAUACGCAUUAUCUACGAAAAUCACAUGGAAUGUAGUCAAUUCGCCAGAAGUAAAAACAUUCUCGCAUACCCUGCGUUCUGCGGCAGGUAUGUUCGAGGAACGCGUUCAAAAUCUGAUGAUCAAUGUUUCUCGGGUCGACAAGAUAAAAACAAACUUUAAGCACAACAUACUGCCAAUAACAGCCUAUAAAGAGCAAAAACAGAUCAUCUGUAAGUUCUACGGGGCACUGACGCAAUCCGUUAACGACAUUCUAGGACACCCGGUAUCUGCAACUUCCUUCGAGUUUGGAGACACCAUUGACAAAUCGAGGUCAAUUGAAAUAUUUAACGCACUGCAGGCGAAGAAAAUUGUGCAAAAUCCCAUUAUUGAAGAUAACAUCAGUGAGAAAGAGUUACGUGACAUAAGUUACAACUAUGGAACGUCUGCUGCAAAGCUACUACACUUUUUAGAAAAGUGCCGCACAACUCAGGGAAGAUCUGUACAACUAGAGAAAUUUGUACGGUUGUUGAAGGAGCAAGUAAUAUUACCAAGUCGAGAAGGAUUCUGGCGGCAUCUAGUGGAACAGGAGAUUUUGAGUAAAAAGAAGGAGGAAAAGUAUAUCCUUGUGGACAAAACAAAGUUGUCAGUUAAAGAUAUAGAAUACUUCGAUUCCAAGUUGUCGCUACCGGGACUUGAAGCGAAAGUGACGAUCAAAGAAGGAGAGUUGUUACUUUAUCCAGAUCAACUGCUUGAUGGAGAUGCUUAUAAUAAAGAUCCCUUUAAAAAAGCUGUUGGCCCCGCGAAAUAUACGGCUUUCAAGGAACUGGGAGCAAUUUCAUUUCAAAGAAAGACAAAAUUUAAUCUUGACCAGCUGAAAACUAAGCAAGUAAAUUUUAACCAUUAUGAUUCAAUUUCAUUGGAAGACUUCGCAAUGGUUAAUAUAAGUCAGAACGAUGCCAACGGAAUCUUGGAUUUACUUGUGAGGGGCAAAGUGCUGCAAAAGCAAGAUGGCAACAAAGAGUUGUACAAAUUGCAUACUGAUGGCAGUAGAAUAAAUGGCAUUCAACUAGGCGAAUACAAGAUCUACGAGGAUGCCGUGAGAGGUUUGCUUAAUUUGUGCUUUUGCUAUAGAAUAGCAUAUCAAAGCAUUACGCGUUGUGCGAAUAAUGGGAGAGCUCAAGAUUUCCCGUUGAUAUCAAAACCGCAUCGAAGAAUUCUGGCGGAUUUGCUUCAUGCACGGAUCCUUGAGCCAGCCGUUUCCAGAUUCAUUGUAGACAUUGUAGAUCUACGUAAGGCUUUGUCUGGAAUGAGGCUGGAGGAAGAUAGCUUAGUUAAAGUUGCUCAACGGUUGAAAAGCUUGAAAGGUUCAAUGGACAAUCUCCGAAUGGUUCCAUUUUCUGAGUAUGACCGGUAUACAAACGUCGAAGAGUGGAACCUAUUUUCUCUCAAUGGCAACGAAUUGCUGUUGAAGUUGAGAGGCGCGAGUUUCAUGAAAAUAGUUGGAACAUUUUUAUGGGGAGCCCUACUAAUCAGAGCUGUGCUGGUACAAAACAUUAAAAUGCGUAGAACAGAGCUGUCUCGACAGGAUUUGAGCAAAUAUUCAACUGGUUGGCAGUACAUUUGCAGCGCAAUACGAAUGGCCUUCGAUGUUUACGGUACGGAUUACUACAAACUUAAAUAUAACAAGUUUAUCAAACGAGUAGCCCUCAUUGAAGCGACAAAUUUUGGGUUUUUCGGAGAUAGGUUGAAUAAAUUUGCUUUUGAAGUGAAUCAACCUGCCACAUCCAAACCCGACAUAAAAUAUGUAAGAAAGUUGGCUGUUCCGCUGAUCCGUGGAUUUGAUCUUGUCUCGAGAACUGCAAACGUACAGCUUUUAAUUGACGAUCGCCUUAAGCUUAUGUGCGCAGAACGAAGUGAUUGUUUGCUUUCAUCAAUCGAUAAGAAUGCAGCCUUUUCCGCAUUUGAAGAAUGCUUGAAGAAAUUGUUCCGUUUUAUGGAUGUUGAUGAAGCUAGAAAAAAGCUAAUUAAGCUGACUGAAAUGCAUUUGCAGAGACAACAAUAUUUUAAAAAUGUAGAAGCCAUUCUAGUUAAGGUUGCGGAUACUGUUCUGCAGGCACUUUCAAGAGCCACUAAAAGACCAAACGUACACAUCACGGUUUCCACAAUUUUGUCCGUUGACAUCAACGAUGCGUGGGUAACCGCACUUAAAGACAAUGAACGCAACCUUGCGAUGAUUGUUACCAAUAUUGUACAAGAAUUGACAGGUAAGCUUAAUUUACUGAUUGCUGAAAACUCGGUUGAAGAUCAAACAGCAAUCACCGGUUGUGAAGGCUUCGUCGAGGAGGCCAUCGUGAAUCUUAAGGCACAGCUACAUGAAAAGCUAGAUGUUCUUCUGCAACAGACCAUCCACAGGCCGGUUCAAGAAAGAGGUCGCUUCCUGUUGCUAAAUUACGCUGAAGGACAAAUUGAACUUCAAACAGACUCGAACGAUGGUCCCAAUCCGGGAGAAGAUAUUGCCAAAAAAAUCCGCAUUGGUCAGCUCAAGAAAGAGUCCGACAAAAGGCGCCAAGCGCUGGCAAUGACACCGGUCGAGAAUCUUCUCGAUCAGCAGUUCAACGAGGCAUUGGCCAAAUGGGAACAGAGUACUACCGAGCUGGAACGACUGGCAGUCUGCAUUCGCAAAGGAGAACCAGUUGACGGUCAGUAUCUGGACAUUUGUUUGGACGCCGUGCGGUUCGUACUCCUGCGACGAGCAGUGGUCGUUUCCAAUAUCUGCGUAAAUCUAAUGACAGACGGUAAAACUCGGAACAAAAUUUCAUCACCAAGGAAUUCUAACGGAAUCGCAAUGGACCUGCAUUUGAUAGACAACAAAUUCCUAGUGGGAAAAACGCAAAAACCGUCAGGAAAGUUAAUUCGCAACAGUAACUGUCUGUACGACUGCCUUCUUAAAAGCAUCUUCGAGCUGCGAUCGAUUUCCUCGAAACAAUUCGCGCUAGAGAUCAACCAACAUUUGGUAAAAGUUUUGGAAAAUCAGUCAAACCCAGAGCCCACUUUAAGGCAAUUCUUGGAUUUUAACAAACUGUCAACCUUUAAGGAGCUGUGUUUCGCACAAUUUUUGAGUGCUUGUUUCGAAUGUCCUGCCAGGGGAGUCGUUGCAUUCGGUGACCUGAUGGAGCGAGCUAAAAACGGCCCACUAGACUGGCACGGAACUGGAUGCGGUCACGUUCACGCGGUUACGAUCCACAAUUCGAAACGUUUUGUAGAAGCCACAACUGACACAGUAUUUGGGAGGGUUAUGUCCGAUUUGAGGGAGGCGUUUUUCAAAGUUUUUCAAUGAAAAUGGAGAAAAAUUAAUGAUUUUUUUAAUGGGAUCAACUAAAACAAUAUAACCAUGCAUUAUGAUAAAGCCUACAUUUAUUAGAUCUAAAAAUAUCAUGUCUUCAUAAUCUUAUUUUUUUAACCCUAGGUUUAUUUUAUCGAACAAUAAAAAUUUUAAUUCUGGUAAAGAAAAACAACGAAAAUAUAAUGUUAACGAAUAAAUUGAAUAAAACGUGUUUUUUACUACAACCGUCCAAACUGGUGUUUUGCGCAGUGAUCCCAUGCACCGCGUGUCAAACGCGUUCUCUGUUUUCUGUACUCGAUCAAACACCAGCACCGUGUAUGCACGCGUACAAGCAAACCUAUACUCAACCGUGAACCGUCCAAAUCUGGGCUACCUCAUGGAAUCGAUGAUUAACCCAUAACUACACACAAAAAAAUAUUUCCUAAUGUUACAUCAUUUAUGAUGUAACACUUUUGCACGUCAUUAAACAUUUAAAUUUAAAUUCAAUUUGAUGUAAAUUUGCAACAAAUUAUACGUAAAAACAUGAUUUUACGUGUGAUUCAACCGUUUACAUCGAAUCUCAAGUUUACAUCAACUGAGUUUACAUGUGAUUCAUAUUUUCCGUGUCGAGUAAAUUCACAUAUUUUUUUCUGUGUAGGCUAAAUUCCAAAUUUAAG